AGGUAGUAAAAGGUGGAAGUCAAGCCUGUGGCCAGGAGUCUGGGAUUAUGUCUCGCCAAACUCUCAAUUUGCAGCUGUGCAGCGGCACAGAUACCAACGCCGUGGCUGCCGUAGCUCAGCUCGUAUUUGCUCCGGUAGAUGCAGCGUCAUCAGCAGAUGACGUCUCGAUACUGCCGUCCGGCUUUCGGGUCAUUCCUAUUGACGCGGGUCUGGGAGUUGAAGGCCGGCCGCAAUCGAGAACGCUAGACCUUGCUGCCUCUCUGGAUACUAGGGACCACAGCAAUAGGGAGGCAGUGGAUGGAAUGUCGGCAGGGGUGUGCUGGAGGUCGGUGCUAACCAUGACCUUUCAGUUCUCGUACAAACCGCAUUCAGAAAAUGAUAUGGCGACGGUCGCUCGAGUGUAUGUACGGUCAGUUGUUAACUAUGUGCAAAGGGUGGCAAUGGCGCUCGCGCCAGCUCCCCCCUCGCGGCCUCAAUCGCAACCGUUCAUGGUCUCGCUUGCACAGAAUCUCGUGAGAAGUUACAGGUUAAAUUUGGGCAUGGACCUCUUUUCAAGGCAAGAGUCCCAAGGGACAGAGGCUGAAGACGUUUUUAAGUCCGUCUGGAAUCAUCUUGAAGCAAUCGUGUGUUGCUCGUGGAAGACCUCGCCAGCGUUCAUAUUUGCAAAUAGGGCUGGUCUGGAGAUGCUUGAGACGACAAUGCAAGGAUUGUUCGACUUGUCAUGGGAAAAGACGGUUACCGACGAGCAUUUGAGAAAAUGGAUUUAUGAAGGGUUCUCUGAAGCCAUACGGCAGAAUUACUGUAUUCUUCCUACGGGUGUGUGGACUACGGCAUCAGGGAAAGCCAUUGGUUACAACAAGGCGAUUGCAUGGAAAGUCAUCGACAACGAUGACAAGCUGCAGUGCGUGGCAAUAAGCUUCUUCAAUUGCGCUCCGCUCAACUAACCUCUAGAACGCGAAUGGACGGCGGGGGCGCCAAGUGGUUUGUUGUGCGGGCCAGAAUAGACCAAGUGGUCGCCGCCCAGAGGCUUGGUGGUGGCGGAGGAGGCACGGAUCUUACCUCCUGGAGAUGAGGCUGCCCGGCAUCGGAAGGAAGCUUGGCGGAAAAAACAGUGGGUUGUGUGUGACAAAGCCUGCCGGUGAGGUACCGUAUGGUCGCCCUUCGCUCUUCCAGCCAUUGGACAUCCGGAAAGCUGUUGUCGCCGGGUGCUCCUCUUGAACAACGAUGGCUCACUCCUAUCGCAGCCUCUGUUUUCUCAGGUGUGUGGAGAAUGAGGCAAAAGGAUUGGGAGGUGCCCAGGGGGAGGGGUGUGUAAAUCUUAUCCCUGGGAAGGUGUGCUAUUAGUGUGAAAUCAUUUUGUUUUUUUGCUUGUUUUUCUGUGACACUGUGCGUGUGCUAGUGAGUGUGUGUGUGUGUGCGUGUGUGUGCGUGUGCGCGUGUGCGCGUGUAUGUGUGUGUGUGUGUGUGUGUGUGUGUGUGUGUGUUCCUUUCUUUUACCUUCCUUUUGUUUGUUUCCUUUGCGUGUUUCGCAUAAAAGCGGGACAUGUAAGCGGAGGAAGUGCAUGUCAGUGGUUGUAGUUUCGCCUAGUACCUCUCUGACUCUCUCAACCAGCGACGGGCGUUUUAGGACGUGGUGCCGUAUGGCACGUUGGCUUGGAACCUGGAAGCAUUGUUUUGCUGUGUGAAGGUAAAGCCAUCAAAGUCAACGUGAUUCCUAAUACUUCGAGCCCCUGCAAAGAGCAUGCACUACGUGUGUUCAGCUGCUCCUCGACAAGGCCAAGACAUCAAACUUCAUCAAAGCGAUUCUGAAGACCGUGAGUUUGAAAAAGCCAUGAUAGGCUAUGUUCAGGUGCCCCUCGGUGCGGCCAAGGGUCAUGAAUGACUUCAUGAACUCCGUUGGCUGAUGGUCGACUUGAUUUUACUUAUCUCUUUGAUGUCAACCCACCCAUUUGACUGAGCCAAAGUCAAAAGUCAAGCCCUUUGACUGAGACAAAGUCGAAAGUCAAACAGCAAUCUGACUGUGUCAGUCGAUCUACAAUUUGACCGCCUCAGAGUCCACCCUUCUUUUUUUUUUUCUGCGUUCCAUUGAAAUGCAAAUUGAUUGGUGAAAGGUCGUAAAAAAUGCCGCAGGUUGGAUAUGGCUCGACGGAAAAAGCCGCGACCCGCUUCGCUGUGCCGCAAAGUCGAAAUGCAGUCUGACUGUCCCACAGGUGGGAACUCAUUUGACCGUCCCUCAAUCGAAAUGCAAUUUGGCUGUGUGAAAGUCAAACUGCAAGGUUUUUUUUUACUGUGCGGCAAAGUCAAAGAGCUCAAGGAAUCCGGUGAGUUGACCACACGAGCAGUGUGAUUGAGAUCGAGAUCGAGAUCGCGAUCGAGAUCGAGAUCGAGAUGGAGCUUGGGAGAGUCCGGAUGAGGUAGCACAGAGAAGCGGCGGCAAGGGGACUUAGAGGCAGACAGAGAAGUAGAGUGCUAAUCCGCGACUGAACUCAUUUGGGUCAUUCCCAAUGUCGUUUAGACUUUAAAGGGGAUAUGUUUAUCAGGAUGGUGGAGGGAUGGUUGGCGUGCAGAAGGGGUAUUUCAGAGGGGGUGUCGACUGUGUGCGAUUCCGGCAUCAUGCUUGCUGAAGAUGAUGGUAAAUGAGGAGACGAUCAUCAUAGGGGCAUGGAGAGAGGGGGUGCAGAUGGAACCUAGUGUCUAUCGAAAGAAGGCAGCGUGCAAAGGGUAUGACUGGUGAGGGGAUCCAGAAAGUUGGACAGGUGCUACUAGCAGGCAGGUGGCCAGCCCCAGGAUGCACUACUGCUCAGAGCGUCAGAACUUCGAUGACACAGCCUAAUGUGAAUACACCCGGAGAGAAGCUAGCUCUUGGAUGCUGUAGCAUUUAGGCAUAGCCAGUGGCGGCCUGACAAUUCGGGCAGGAGGAGGAGGAGGAGGAGGAGGAAAGAGAACGGUUCUCAGGAUGAGAAGGAUAACAACGGCAGCAACAAAUUGGUGGAGUGAAGGGUGAGGACACUGAGGAGAAGAAGGUGGUUUUGUGAGCCACCCUCCUCCACCUCUGUCAGCUGAGCAUCAUGGAGAUCGGAUGGUACGACAAUGACGAGAGAUGGGAGAAACGCUGAUGGAUCAAAUGGCUUCGUGUAUGGGCAGGCAGUGUCCUGCUCAGUACACCCUGGCAAGGCGAACUCAUCAUAUACAUGCUGUGGGGGUUUGGAGGGGUGUGUGUGUGUGUGUGUGUGUGUGUGUGUGUGUGUUUGGGUUGCUGCAUGCUUGUGCAUUUGGAUGUGCACAAGAAAUCUUGACCACUCACUGACAGUUCAUCUAGAGCACUCAUGAUUGCCGCCCUUGGCACAUACCUGGUCUCAUAUACACCGCAGAUGACGACCAACAGGUUUCAUUGUUGCCAACGAUGAAUACGCCAGUUUAUUUAGGGAGUUUGUAGAGCCUCUACUCCGUAGAACUGCAGACAAGACCAGGUCACUCCAUCGACCCCUCUGUCGAAGUUUUCAGAGUGGCCAUCUGCCAGCAGGCAGACGGGAACAGAGGCAAGCUCUGUUGACUGGGCCAAAGGGAAAAUA